UUUUUUUUUCAUUGGCCAUGGACGAUGAUGAUACUCACAAAGAGAGGAGCAUUGAGCGAAAGCAAGGCGAAGUCGUCGUCGUAAUCCAAACCGGCGCAGCAGCAGCAGCAGCAGCAAAGUCGGCGCCGACUUCUUCUGCGAAUGUCGAAGGUUUCGAGGAUUCGGCGCCGAAAUCAUUGCCCCCGCGCGUCGGAAACCCCUCCCCGGAGAUCGCCAAGGCGCCGAGCCCUAGAAAGCCCCCACGACCCCCCAAUCCCGAAACCGUAAUCCGCCGCAGAUCCAUCUCCAAGCCCAAAUCCCGCUUCGUCGAGCACCCUCCACACUCCUCCGCGGCGGCGGCGGCCCCGACCCCGAGCUCGACCUCCCCAAACCCUAGGGCACCCCUGGGCACCCCCAAAACGCCGUUCCUCGACGCGGACGACGAGGAAGAGGACGACGAGGAGAUCUACAAGAAGGAGCAGCAUAUCAACGCGAAGGCGAAUCGGCGUCGGCGGUGGAGACUCGGGGCUCUGGUCGAGUGGGCGAUCCUGAUCCUCGCCAUGGGGUGCCUCAUCGCGAGCUUAACCGUGCGCAAGCUCCAGGGAUCCGUGAUCUGGGGCUUGGAGAUUUGGAAAUGGUGCUUGAUGGUCCACCAGAAGCCACCCACGCUCCGCCGCGCCGGCUGCUGGCGGGAGGGGGCUUAUCCAGUGGCUCCAGCGGGCCGGCCUGCUCGGCCGCGGGCCAACGGCCCGGCGGGCUGCCGCUGCUGCGCGGAGCGCAACCCACCCGGGCUGCGGGCCGGCCUGCUGCGCGGAGGUGAGCGCAACGUCCGCACCGGCGAGCUCGGGCCUGGCCCGCUUGAAAUGACUUCCAAGAACAUCAUAGCUGAUCUCACCAGGGGUGAUAAGCUAGAUGGAAAGAAUUAUGAUAUUUGGCACAGGAAAAUGCAAUACCUGCUUAAUGAACAAGGGGUUCUUGAAACUCUAUCUGUCAAAAGAGUCUUGCCUGCCGAAGGCACAGCUUCUGAGCAUGAAAAGGAGAUCUAUAACAAAUGGAUCAAGGAGGAUCGAACUGCUCGGUACACUAUGUUGAGUGCCAUGCAAGACGACCUCAUUGGACAGUUUGAGAUCUUUGAAACUGCCAAGGAUAUGUGGGACAAUUUGAAGAUUACAUUUGGUCAAACUUCAUCUACAAGGCUACGUGCCCUAAAUCUUAAGUUUCUACAGUACAUUAAAGACCCGAAGCAUUCAAUGGCUGAGCACCUUCGUGUGAUGAGCGCCAUGAUUCGGGACCUUAAGACUGCUGGAAAUGAGCUCACUGAUGAGCAACAAGUUCUAGCGGUGAUUCGUUCACUGCCUGAUCCUGAAUGGUCCCAGAUGAAGCUCCUGAUGACGCACAGCGAGAACAUUAAAACGUUUAAUGACAUCUCGCGCCAUCUUGAGCUCGAGGCAGAGCGCUUGGAAGUGAACCGUUCUGUCGCUCUUGUUGCACGCUCCGAGAAACGCAGUGGGAUUGUACCCAAGCGCAAAAAGCGUCACAACAAUGGAGCGCAGAAGAAAUGGAAUCAAGCUCCUCAGGAUGGAGUUGGAAAGCGCCACAGAGGCAAACGUGCUGGCAAUAAGGAUGCUACAAAGCUAAAAUGUUACAAUUGCAAGAAGAAGGGUCAUUUCGUUCGGGAUUGUCCUGAGCCGAAAAAGGUAAUAUUGCUCGCGAAAACCCUCGGCAUGAAGAUAUUAGCUUCUUCUUUCCACAUGACCAAGUUUUUCGAUCGGAUCCAAGAGUCAAUUUUCCAUCAGUACGUGUUGCAGGCGCUCUCCGGGCUGCCGUUGAUGGAGAUGGCGGAGAAGGUAGGGAGAGAGAAGAGCACAGGGCAGUUAAGCUUUCGGAGCACCGGGAAGGGGAAGGCUAAAGGAGGGGAAGAACAAGCGGUGAUUGAUGUCGGGAAGCUUCAUAAGAUGGAUCAGGAGAAGGUCUCGGCUUGGACAAUGAAGGGACUAAUAAAUGUGAUCAGGACUUCAGGGCUCACUACAAUCUCGAACACAAUCGAAAACUUCGACGAGGAAGGCUGGGAACAGAAGGAUAGGGAGAUUAAUAGUGAGUGGGAAGCGAAGGCCGCGGCUUACCGGAUUUUUAAAAAUGUCGCCAAGCCUGAUCACAAGUACAUAGAUGAAGAGGAUCUUAUGAGAUUUUUGAGCAAGGAGGAAGUGGAAUCCGUGCUCCCGAUGUUUGAAGGAGCUGCUGAGACAAGAAAGAUCAAGAAGUCAGCAUUGAAGAACUGGGUGGUGAAGGCCUACCUCGAUCGGAAGUCCCUUGCACAUUCCCUAAACGAUACUAAAACCGCAGUCCGACAACUGCACAAGCUAACGACCAUCAUUGUUGUUAUUGUGAUUAUAAUUGUUAUGCUUCUUAUGAUGGGCAUUGUUAUCGUCGUCAUUUCGUCCCAGCUUUUGGUGGUUGUUUUCAUGUUCGGAAACACAUGCAAGACUACAUUUGAAGCCAUCAUUUUCGUCUUCAUUAUGCACCCUUUCGAUGUCGGCGAUCGUUGCGUCGUCGAUGGAGUACAGAUGACUGUGGAAGAAAUGAACAUUCUAACGACCGUUUUUCUGAGAUACGACAACGAGAAGAUAUAUUAUCCGAAUGCUGUCUUGUCGACGAAACCAAUCAGCAACUUCUACCGGAGCCCGAAUAUGGGCGAUUCCGUUGGAUUCGCCGUCGACAUUUCGACUUCUGUGGAAAGCAUUGCGACUCUGAAAUCCAAAAUAAAAGCUUAUAUCGAGAGUAAGCCCACCCAUUGGCAGCCGAACCACAGCAUAGUGGUGAAGGACAUUGUGAAUGUGAACAAGAUGAACAUGGCUUUGUAUGUUCAGCACACCAUCAACUUCCAAAACAUCAGCGAGAAGAACGGCAGGCGAUCGGAGCUCGUCCUCGAGCUCAAGAAGAUCUUCGAAGAGCUCUCGAUCCAAUAUCACCUCCUGCCCCACCAAGUUCAGCUUAGCUACGUCGGCUCCAACCCGCUACCGUUAGCGAUCAGUCAAGCCAUUUAGGCUCGUUCGAAGUCUUUGUCCGGUCGAUGAUUCUGCGUCGACUUUUGUUUACUUAAGCAAGUUUAGCGGGAUAUUGCUGUAAAAUUGAGCCUCCCCAUUGAUGUUUAGCGCGGUAGUGGUUGGGGAACUUGAGACGGUCACAUACACCGGCGGAAAAUGCUUGGAUGAGGAGCUCCUCAUUCCAGCUUACUGGACAUCUUUUAAAUUUGCUGAUUAAUCCAGUAUUAAGGAUCGGGGGUUAAAACUUUUA